AUGUCUCAGCAGACACAGAAGGACAUCAAGCUCAAACUGGUUCUCUGUCAACUUGAGACUCAGAGCAACUUCACCUUCGUGAACUCAUCAUCACCUCAACCCCACAGAGACCAAGAGGAGCAUCUCCAGAAAAUCUGGGGCCUUCAGUCCAGGACUGUUGUCCAGAACUCCAAAGUCCUCAACAAUCCCUCGGUUCCUCUAUCGAAGCAGAGGCUUUGGGAAAUCCCCAAGUCCAAGUCCAACCCAUCGGUAAAAAUUAAGCUUCAGCCCAUCACGAACGUUCAAGGACUCUCCAAACCGUCGAGGUUGUUCAGCUGGGGCGACUUUUACUCCAACAUCAAAACCGUCAAGCUGAAUUUGCUGAUAAUGGGGAAGAUCGUGGAUCACGGCAACGGCUCUCUCGGCGUCUACUUCCGUCACAACUCCACGGGUGUUGGCAACGUGUCGGCCAGCCUGGUCCCGCCCAUGAAGGAGGUGGCGUUCGACCUGGAGCGCCAGAGCGUGGUCCACCCCAAGGAGUCGAAGACGUUCAACUGCAGGGUGGACUACGAGAAAACCGAACGCAGCAAGAAGGUGAUGCUGUGCAACUACGACCCGUCGAAGACGUGCGACCAAGAACAAACCCAGAGCCACAUCACCUGGAUGUGCUCCAAGCCUUUCCAGGUCAUCUGCGUCUACAUGUCGUUCUACAGCACGGAUUACAGGCUGGUCCAGAAAGUCUGUCCGGACUACAGCUCCCAGGUCCCACCCUACCUGCCCACAGGGUAAACAUGGGGCCAGGUGACGAGGAUGAAGGGAGGAUGCAGUUUGAGC